AUGGCGACUGCAGCACAGCUAUUUGAUGCAUUGAGUAAAGGCGAUUUCGGAUUGUCUGAAGACCUGUUGAGGCAGGGUGCAGACCCUAAUGAAGUCCUGCCCGUGGAGGGGGUAGCACCUAUGCAUAUAGCUGCAGGACUCAGUGAUUCCGCAACACAUUUACUGUUAGAUUAUAAAGGCAACCCUAAUGUCAGGUCUGUAGAGGGUACCACACCAAUGCAUGUUGCUUGCAUGUGGGGGAAGAAAGACAUUCUCAUAGAUCUCCUACAACAUGGUGGUGAUCCUUUUAUCAAAGAUGAGGACGGGGAGACAGCAUUUGGAAGUGCAAGAAAAUUUAGUGACUGUGUGGAGACUAUCAAGUCACACAUAUCAGAAGAACUGGACUCAAGUUCAAGUACCAUGAAAGACUUAUUGUCAAGAAACACCUACUGCAUGGAUGUAACCUCUCCAGAUCAUCCAUACAUUGACAUAAAAGGAAGAAGAAAUGAUACGCUGACAUCAGAAGAUUCAUUUUUAACUUGCACCAGUCACUGUGACACAUGUACCUGUGGCAAACUGCAAAAAAGUCCUUGUUUGGACCACAACAGAAAUGCUGUUGGAAGCAAUUGUUCACAGACAAACUUUGGACAGGAAGACAUGACCAAGGAAAGAGAAAGUGUCAUGAACAAUGAAAACUAUGUGUAUGAGGUAUUCAAAGAUCAAAUGACUUCACCUCGAUGUUCUCCACGACCAUUUUAUCCUGUGAACCUGAGUGAUCUCAUGACUUCAGAUGAAAGCUUUUGUCCAGAAAAUAAUGACAUUCUCAGGCAGUUCAAUGCCAUGAACAUCAAAUCUCCAAACCAGAGGAAAGUGUUCUCCCCACCUGUAACCCUACCAUCCUCUCUACCAGCAAAUCUCAGUGACCUUUUGACAUCAGACGAGAGCUUUUGUCCUCCAAGUAAACCUAGUUUUGCUAAAAGUUUAAAUAGUCUGGCCCUGAAAUCCCCAAGUAAAAAGGAACUUGUCAGACAAUGGCAUCAACAAAAUUUUCCGUUAGCUUCAGACACUUGUUCUUCUACUCUUGAACAGUCAGGAAACUCCGAAGACACUGAACUGUAUGAUCCAUAUGAUGAUCUCAACAAAACUCUUCCAUACAGUAUAGAUACAAUAUCUCUAGGAAGUACUGCAGAGUCCACAAUACACUACUGGGAAGAUCCAGAUACUGGCAACAAACUGAUUGAAAAGCACAUUCUAUCAUCGUUUUGUGGAAGUAGUGGCCGUCCAUCUAUCAAUAACAGUAUCUGUAGCCUCUCAACAGUUGACUCACAGAAGACAGAGUUGUACGAUUGGAAAUGUUACUCUCAUACAUCAGAUGACAUCAAUAAUGUAUUGUCCAAUAAAGAAGUCCGACAGAAGUUACAGAGCCUAGGAGAUAACCCUGGACCAGUUAUUCCAUCUACUAGGCAGACAUACCUUUCAAGACUUAAACACCUGGAAACGAAUGUUAAGUGUGGCCAACUUGGAAUUUUGAAGAAGUUACCAGAUUACCCCACAGUGCUGUGUAAUAGUUUUGAGGGUAACUUUGAUGUGAUGGGCCUGAGGGAGAUGGAGGAUGACCUCAUUAAGGUGUUUAAUGACAAGAGUUUGUCCAGUACCUGGAGGGAGGGAGCAUUGAAGUCCUCCUUUAAUUAUCUCUUACUGGAUCCUCGUAUCACACAAGACCUACCUAACAGGGCAGAUAACCUGGGUGAAUUAGAAACUUUUAAGAUAUUUGUCGGUGCUAUAUUUUACAUUGGCAAAGGAAAGCGGUCCCGUCCUUACUGUCACCUUUUUGAAGCUCAGUCCCAUAUGAACAAUAAUCAGGGCAAAGCUGGCAGUAAAGUUCAACAUAUCUUGGACAUCUGGAAUGAUGGGCAAGGAGUUGUCUCCCUGCAUUGUUUUCAGAGUGUCAUUCCAGUGGAAGCAUACACAAGAGAGGCCUGUAUGGUGGAUGCCAUAGGUUUACCGCGAUUAACAAAUAUUAAAAGAGGUGAUGUCUACGGCCCAGCCACAUCAUGGUCGAAAAAAAAUCGUCAAAGAUUUGGAGUCUUCCUUCUUAAAAAGGCUCUACAAAUAUUUCUUGGAGAAGGAGAGAGACAGAUUUCCCCAGGAGAUAUAAAGAAAUGAAGUCUAUUUG